AGCAAACGUGCGACGAUUUUAUCUUGAACAAGUUUUUAAAAAUGAUCCUCGUUUCCAAGAUGUUGUGGGCGGUUGUGGUCGUCGUUCUAGUGUCGAUGGCGAAUGCCUCUAAGAAAGGACGAGGCAGAGGUGGCCGAGGCGGAGGCUACGGUGGUAGCAGUCAAAUGAGUUCCUACGUUCAAUCAGCUCAGCCUUACGGUCAAGUGAUGUGUAUGGUACCAUGCUCAAGUGUUGGGGGUGGUUAUGGGGGUGGUUAUGGAGGUGGCCAGGCAGCUCGUCCGAUGAGCGGAGGUUACGGCGGCGGUCAAUCCGCUCGCCCCACUUUACCUGGAAGUUACGGAGCUCCACAAGCCGCUCGACCCUCGAAAGGAAAAGGAGGUAAAUCUCAAGGUGGUCGUCCUAUGUCUGGUGGAUAUGGAGGCGGUCACGCUAAUUCCAUGAGCGGAGGUUACGGAGCUGCUCCAUCCGCUGGAGGUUAUGGCGGAGCACAUUCCGCUCCCGCAGCUGGAGGAUAUGGUCACGCAGCUCCUGCUCCCGCAGCUGGUGGAUACGGUCAGCAAGCCGGUGGAUAUGGAGGUAGCCGUCCAGCUCCUGCCCCUGUAGCUGGAGGAUAUGGUGCAAGUCCCAUGGCCCCAGCUCACGCAGCUGGAGGAUACGGUGGUGCUCAGGUAGCCGCUCCCGCUGCUGGAUAUGGAGGUGGCCACGCAGCUGCAGCUCCUUCUGCCGCAGGAUACGGUGGUAGUCACGCUGCUCCCGUUCCCGCAGUCGGAGGAUAUGGCGGUGGACAUUCCGCGGCCAUUCCCGCAGCUUCAGGUUAUGGCGGAGGUCACGCUGCCGCCGCUCCCGCAAGCUACGGUGCUGGCCAAAGCGCUGCAGGUGGAAGCUACGGCCGUUAAAGAGUCCAUCUUCCAUCAUCGAUGGGUAGAUUUGUACUAUAAACUUUGGUAUCCCGCAGCAGCAGCCAAAUGAUAUUCAACAAAAGCCGUUCUAACUCUGGAAGAAUUUUAAAUCAGACAACAACAUUCCUUGUUCACAAGUGUACCGACCAAUGUAAAUUAAAGCUACAAACAAUA